AUGAUCGAUCAGUUCUCCGAGUCUACUGUUUCGGCCUUUUGGAUUGGUUUUAACAAUGGUGUACCUAUCGACGAGAAGUUCUUUAUUGAGAACAUUGGUGGCAAACACAACUCUGAGAUUGCGCUAGCUCUCUUUCCUGAUGAUUUUGCUAGAGGGUUACAGUUCUGUGAGGAAAAGGAAGCUUACCGGAAACUUGUAGCAGAGAAGAUAAAGCCACUUGACGGGAUUAUAAAACUAACCAAAUGGAUAGAGGAACAUGGACUGAAACGAGCUCCAAAAGAAAACGCAGAACUCAUGAUAUCUAAACUUGGUCUGACUGAUUUCUUCCAGGCAGUGAUUCUUGGAUCUGAAUGUGAGUACCCUAAACCACACCCGGGGCCUUACUUGAAGGCUCUUGAAGUGCUUAACGUGUCAAAGGAGCAUACGCUUGUGUUCGAGGACUCGGUCUCUGGGAUAAAAGCUGGAGUAGCAGCUGGAAUGCCUGUGGUUGGACUAACUACAGGUAAUCCAGCAAGCAUGCUUAUGCAAGCAAAACCAGCUUUUCUGAUCGAGAACUAUGCGGAUCCAAAACUGUGGGCUGUGUUGGAAGAACUUGAUAACAAGGGGAGUUCUCAAAAGUCUUGA